AUCUGAGCUAAAUGUUUUUAUUUGCUUUUAGGGAACUGUGUCUUAUUCAUCUUUAUGUCCCAGGACUUAGUACAAACCCUGACACACAGCAACUGCUGUCAAAUUAUUUGUGGAUUUAUUUAAUAAAGGAGUUGGGAGGAGUCCGAGAAGGGAGGGUGAACAUCACACCUUAAAAUGUAAUGAUUUCUUCCUGAUCUAACUAGACCUGGAAUAUGAAACAGAAAUGGGAUCUGUGCCAUGGGUUCUGGCCCCUUUUGGUUCUGCCAGCAUGUGAGAGGAGGUGCUGAGACAAAUUCCGUGGCAGUUAGGAAGUGAACUGCCUGCCAAGAUGGAGAGGAGGAAAGAAUUAGUCUUGACCUUCCACAGUCCUAAGGUUCCCAAAAUUAAGGGGAACCGGAAAUACCAAAGGCCUACCCUCCCCACCAACAAACAUCCGAGUGCCUCGAUGCCACCCCAGAGGCGGCAGCAGCAUGUGGAUCAAACACACACCUACAUCCGAAUGUUCUGUGGCAGCCUCUGUGGUUUUAGCCUCCUGAUGCUGAUCUGCGUGUCCCCACUGAAUUGGGUGCAGUUCCUGGUGAUCAAGAAUGGCCUUGAGCUCUACGCAGGACUCUGGAUCACAUGCAACCAUGAGCUGUGCUGGAGCCACACACCCAAGCCACCCUAUUACCUCCAGUAUUCCAGGGCCUUCUUCCUCAUCUCUGUCCUAAUCAUACUCAUUGACCUUGGCUGGCUCUUCAGCUCUUGCCUACCUAGAAGAGGAAGCAUGACCACCAACUUGGAUCUGAAGGUAUCCAUGCUCAGCUUCAUCUCAGCCACCUGCUUGCUCUUCUGCCUCAUCCUAUUUCUGGCACAGGUUCAUUGGUAUACUAGAGAUGCCAUGGAGUCAAAUCUCCUAUGGGCCUAUCAUCUUAAUUGGUGGAGUGACUUCUUAUACAUGCUUGCUGGAAUCAUCUCCUUCCUCAACUACAUAACUUCCAGAUCUCCUCCCCUUGAUCAAAAUGUCUCUGCAAGUCCCAUAGAGACAUCAAGGUUGGGGGUUGGUCCAGUGACUACAAUAUCACCUGCUGAAGAUGAAGUGGCGAGGUCUGAGAUGGAAUCUCCAAGCACAUUCAAGAUGGAAGGCAUUUGGACAAUUUUAUUGAGUUCGAAUUGGAGAUAAUUACCAGAAAUGGAAUGAACACCGUGGAGAUCAUACCUACCACCCAGAGGAGCUGAGAGGUUCUAGGUGGAUUCCAGGGAGUCCACGAGGUCCCGCAGGCCUGUGACUCUUUUGAUUAUUUUAGACAUCAGUUAUGUUUUACUGAGGCAAAUGAGGCUGAAAGGCUUUCUUCAGUCUAAGUAUACAUGUGGACCAAGUUGUAAGAUUUUCCAUGUUUUCUAUACCCUAUAAGACUAAGGAAAGAGGGGGGAGAUUUCAGGCAAUCACAUAGAUCUCUUUAUGGCUAAAGAUCCCUUUCAAGCCCAGAUCAGAUUCCAUGCAGAAGGUCCCUGACACUCAUUUUGUCCUUUUUCCUUUAGUAGCUGCCACUACUACUCCACUGGUGGAAGACCAUUCUUCUCCACUCCAAGCCUGGCUGUGGAAUGGACUAUAGUGUCCAGCUCCACCCCUUGCUGCUCUUAAAGAUAAGCCCUUGGGUCUUUUUGGUUUAAUUUAGAGAUUCACUGGUAUCCUUUGCAGAAAACAAACAUAAUAGACAUGGAACAAUUAUGUAGUUCUUAUAAUCCUGGUCUCUGAUCAGUAAUUCCCAAACAUUUCCAGAUGGUAACUGGAAGCCCCUUAGGUUAAUACUUUUGCUUUUAUUCCUGUGGGUAGGAGGUUAGCAGCACACGCAUGUGUGUACUCAUACAUAGAGAUGCACAUACAAACACACAUAUACACACACACCUUGUUUUGACCCUGCCUUAGAAAAUCCUUUUCUCCAUGUUGGCGCCUCUUCUUAGCAGGUGGUCUUAGUUACGGCAGAAUUACUGGUGCCACCUUACUUCAAGUGCCCUCAUUUCAGAGUCUCUUCAGGUUGUUCCUGGGCCUCUGUGUGGUUGUAAGAAUAGACAUGUAGUCAAGUCCAAUUCCCCCUCCUCCUGUCACCACUCACAAACUAAGUGUAGCCCAUACAUUGACUAAUUAAGGACUCAUUGGGCUCACAAGCUUUACUUACAAUUCAGUUUGAAUACUUUAAUUAUAUGACUAGUUGACAGGGAGCUGGUACUGGCGACUUUUCAGGGAAUGGAAGUUUUUGUUUUGUUUUGUUUUUGUUUUGUUUUGUUUUUUGAGGAAAUCACCCCUGAGCUAACAUCUGCCG